AUGCCAAAAGGGAAAGGAAACCUGUCACCAAAACGAAUGCCUGGUGCCAUUUUCAUAAACUCAUUUCCUCGCUUAUCUCUCGUUUUCUUUGCUUCAUUGAUAUUACUCUCUGUUUUUCCUUCUAUUCAACGUGCCAUUUUUCUUCCUGAAUCAUUCUGGCAUCUUUUCCUCGUUUGGAUUUUUCUUAUCUUAUUGCAUAUUCAUGUCUUACUUAAUAAUCUUGCGUGUUCAUUCAUUUCUAAUUCAUUCGAUAUAUUUUCCUUCUUCUGUACACAUAUUUCUCUCUCUCUCUCUCUCUCUCUCUCUCUCUCUCAUUUGUUCACGGAUUUUUGUCACACCCACAUUUACAAAUUCUUCCUUCUCACUCAUCUUUCUUUUCUCUCACUUUUGAUAUUUCUAUUUGUCUUUCUUUAUCCUGAAGGUUUUCCCCCUCACUUUCUUUAUCUGUUUCUUUAUUUUAUUUAUUCUUUCUUUCUUUCUUUCUUUCUUUCUUUCUUUCUUUCUAUUGUUUCUUUUUUGUCUCAUAUUACUUAA